CCUCAAUGGAGUCGAAAUUUUCCUUCUUUUCACAAACACAUAAUCUCUGCAAUCUUCUCAUCCUUGUUUUCUUCUCUUUUGCUCCCUCUCCAUUGCUUGGUCGCCUGUCUUUCGACUUCUAUGCAACAUCAUGUCCUGUUGCAGAGUUGAUGGUGAGCAACACAGUAAGAUCAGCUUCGGCCAAUGAUCCUGCCGUCCCCGGGAAACUACUGCGCCUGUUGUUCCAUGACUGUUUCGUGGAGGGUUGUGAUGCAUCAGUACUAUUAAAAGGGAAUGGGACGGAGCGAAGCGAUCCCGCUAAUACUUCUCUUGGAGGAUUUUCAGUUAUCGAUUCGGCCAAAAGGGUGCUCGAAAUCUUCUGUCCCGGAACUGUUUCUUGUGCUGAUAUUAUUGCUUUGGCUGCAAGAGAUGCAGUUGCAAUUGCUGGUGGACCGGCAUUUCAGAUUCCAACUGGUAGAAGAGAUGGAAGAAUAUCAAACUCUGCAAAUGUCAGGCCCAAUAUUGUAGAUACAAGCUUUACCAUGGAUGAAAUGAUAAAGCUUUUCAAUUCUAAAGGCUUAUCUGUUGAUGAUCUUGUCACACUAUCAGGUGUACAUACCAUCGGCCUUGCUCAUUGUAGUGCAUUCAGUGAUCGAUUCCGACAAGACUCUGAGGGAAACCUCACACUGAUCGACACAUCCCUAGACAUUAACUACGCACAAGAGCUCAUAAAAAAGUGUCCAGCAGGUGGAAGUAGCACAUCUGUCACCGUCAACAACGAUCCCGAGACGUCAUUUGUAUUUGAUAAUCGAUAUUUUAGCAACCUGUUGGCCCACAAAGGGUUGUUUCAGUCAGAUUCUGUUAUUGUAGAGGAUGGAAGAACAAGGAAACAAGUGGAGGAGUUUGCAAAUAGUGAGGAAAGCUUCUUCAAGAGUUGGGGGGAGUCAUUCUUGAAGCUCACUACCAUUGAAGUGAAGACAGAUGAUGAAGGGGAAAUCCGACACUCUUGUUCCUUUUCUAAUUAAUGGGUUACGACGGCAUGAAUCAUAUCAUAUAACUGGCCCUUAAUUAUUGAUAUGCUGGUAACUAUGUCUAUAUCCAUGAUGUGUUAGUCUAUUAAUGUUGGUAUAGUGUCGAAUAAACUUUGAUAUUUUGAUGUAGU